AUGCCACACGACACCGACCCGGAGCCGCCGCCAACAGCCAUGACCACCUCUCCACUGCUCGCACGGCCGGAGCUGGCAGAGCACACACCGCCCCGGAGGCCAGGGACCGCUCCCCACGACCGCCGCAGCACAUCCACCUACGCGGCGCCGCCGCGCCGCCAUCCAGGAGCUGCAGCACGCCGCCACCACCGCAGCUCAACCAGCCGGACGUGCAGCCGCCGGAGCCACACGCCUGGGCAGCCCCACCGACGGAUCCAGCCUCCUAGCGCCAGAUCCGCGGCGGCUGGCCCACCACCGCCCCUCACGACCCACAGGGAGGGAGGAGAGGAGAGAGCGGCGCCGCCACCAUGCCCGGGGCCGCCGCCCCGGCUUGCCUGCGCCGCCCCGGCUUGCCUGCGCCGGCGAGACGCCGCCGCCGCCGCCAGUCGCCUCGCGUCAUUCAGGGCCGCCGCUACGCGUCUCGCGCGGAGAAGUCCCCGCCGCCGCCGAACGCCGAGCGGGCUUUGCCCGUUGGAUUCACCUGGCGGCGGCGAGGGGAGCUGGGGUGGAGGUGGGGAAAACGGGGGCGGCGGCGGCUAG